UCUUGCGGUCACACUGUCCUUGGGAUGCCGAGAUUGCUAUUGGAGGCGAUGCAUUCCACAGGGAGGCAUCCGGAUUCCCCGGACUGCCUUGCCGAAAGGCUGAGGAACAAGCUUCAAUUUUCCAGGGAAAAGCUUGCUCCACAAUUCCAGAGACAUGGUUUGGCAGGUCACGAUGACCGAUCAUGAUCAGUUGAGAUGGUCAAAUGAUCCUGUGCUUCUGAGGUACAGACGAGGAAGACAAGAUCAAUCCGGCCUCCCCAGACUCGGGAGUCCCGCCAUGGUGGGUGGGUCAUUCCACUCCUUGAUCGCCAUCCCUCGAUCAACUGAUCACCCAAGCUCGCCGUCUUCGGUAAUCGCGCAACAAGUCACAACGCUCUGGAUCCCGAUUGCAUCUCAUGUGCCCCCAGCCAUUGUCCAAUCCCUGGCUGCAUAUCUUGUUUCUUUUUUCAUCGCACGCUUUCUCGGCCCCGCUUUGUUAUCUGUGCCGAGCAAUGUACCGUGGAUGUUCUCAGUCGAUUACAGCUUCUGGGGCACUGUAGCCAUCGUGAAAACAGCUCUAGAUUCUGAUAGUGGAUCCAAUUGUGAAUCACGCGGUGCUUUUAUUUUUUUUUUGGCUCCUUCUUGGCCUGCAGUUCUUCGCUUUCAGUCAAACAUCCACAACGGGCUCCUUCGGUACUAUAAACCGAAGCUUCCCUGGACAAUGGCAUGGACUCAUGAUUGUUUUUUGAACUGGCGUCUUAUCUGCUCUUAUACCCAUUUCAUUUACCUUAAUUCUUAAUUAUGUCUUUUGCACUCUCCCGAGCAUUCUCUCCAGCAGCGCGGCCAUGGCUACAAUGUGCUAAGCUUCACCGUGUCUCGCGGCUAUCCUAUUCAACCGCGCAUGGUUCAGACCACAUUCAAACAAGAAUCCCCACCCUAAAAGAUAAUAAAAAUGGCAUUCGAUUUCGAGAGUUCGACCUGGAGGACCGCGUCUAUGCCAUUACCGGUGGAGGAAGAGGUCUUGGUCUAGCCAUGGCCGAAGCGUUGAUGGAAGCCGGUGCAAAAGGUACUUCAAUUCCUUUAGU